UGCGCCCUUAGGAUCACAUGGCACAAAAUUUCUCCCACAAAAUGACAAUAAAAAUAGGAAAAAGAAAGUGUCUCAGCGAUAUUACCAAGGUACUGAAACUGCUGUGGAAAAACAUGAAGUCGAGACCUUUGCUCCAAAUGUCGAGAAGUAUCAAGUUGGAAAAAAUCGCUCUUCGGAAGCAAAAAGAGGAAAGUCUGCUGAUGCAAAGAAAAAUCUGAUGAAGCGGUUGAACAAUAAGGGAGCUGAAAAUGCGAAAAAGAGUCGUUCUGGAAAGGAUGAUUUCAGAAGAAGAGGAUUCCGAUCAAGGGUUGAUAAAUUUCCUGGAGAUGCUCCAAUACCAAAAGAGAGAAUAAAGAAAUAUGAAAGAGGAGAGGAAAUGUCAGAGAAAGGCCUUGUGACAAAAGAUGCUACUCAUGAUUACUCAACAAAACAGAAGAAAUACAACAAAGCCUUCAAACAGGCUGCCAGGACAGAGAUAUUACUCCCAGAAGAGGAAGGAUUUCUUCAGUUUGAUGAUGAUGAAGAUGCCACAAAAAUAUCACAAAGAGAUAUAGCAGAUGCUGUUGAUAUCACCAGUGCACAAAAAUAUUUUGAGCUAAAGCUGCCACAGUUUGGUCCCUACCACAUGAACUUCACACGCAAUGGAAGGCAUCUUCUGCUCGGUGGUAAGAAAGGCCAUGCGGCUGCCAUCGACUGGCAGACAAAGAAAUUAAUGUGUGAAAUGAAUGUGAUGGAAACUAUCCAUGCUGUGCAGUGGUUGCACAUAGAGACAAUGUUUGCAGUAGCCCAGAAACAAUGGACGUACAUCUACGAUAACCAGGGAAUAGAACUGCAUUGUUUGAAAUCUCUUGACUGUGUGUUACAGCUAGAAUUCCUGCCAUAUCACUUCCUUUUAGUUUCUUCAAAUUCCAAAGGUUAUUUAUCGUAUCUCGAUGUGUCCAUCGGGCAGAAGGUAGCAGGCAUCUCGACGGGAUUGGGUCGUCUUGGAGUCAUGUGCCAGAAUCCGAGCAAUGCUAUUGUACAUCUUGGACACUCGGCAGGAGUUGUGAGUUUAUGGUCGCCAAAUGUGAAGGAACCUCUAGUCAAGAUGCUUUGUCAUAGUGGUGCAGUGAGAUCUCUGACAGUCGACAAGAAGGGAAACUACAUGGCCACAUCCGGUGUUGACCGCACCAUCAAGAUCUGGGAUCUGCGAAUGUUGAAGAUGUUGCAGUCGUACAAGGUGCAUGCUGGUGCUAGCAGCCUCUCGUUCAGCCAGACUGGUCUCCUUGGUGCAGGAAUUGGAAGUGUGGUUCAGGUCUUCCGAGAUUGUUGCACGCGCACAGCCACAUCACCCUACAUGCAGCACCAGCUGGCCUCGACAGUACAGGAUCUCCAGUUCUGUCCUUAUGAAGAUGUCAUAGGUGCCAGUCACGGACAAGGCUAUAGUAGUUUAUUAAUACCAGGUGCCGGAGUUGCCAACUUUGAUGCCUUGGAAGAGAAUCCUUACCAGACAAAGAAGCAAAGACGACAUGCUGAGGUCAACAUGUUAUUGGAAAAGAUUCAGCCUGAUCUAAUUACACUGGACACGAGUAAACUUGGUGAGGUUGACGUGAAGACUUUACAGGAAAAACUCGAUGAGAGGAAUAAGUUAUUGUAUCUCAAGCCAAAGAAGGUGGACUUUGAACCCCGCUACAAGAAGAAGGGGAAGAGCAAAGCCGGUCGAGUUGAGAAUCGGAAGAGGGGUGUACAGUUCGAGAAAAAGAAGGAACACAUCAAGCAGGUCAUGAAAGAGAAGCAGAAAAUGAAAUCAGGAGGGAAGAGGGAACAACGUCCAAAUGUAACGACAAGUGCACUUGAUAGGUUCAAGAAAAAGUGACAGAACACAUGAACUAAUCGACUUUGACAUCUGAUUUUUGUUAUGUCAAUAUUCUUCGAUCCCGAUAGCUUGAUGGACCCUUAUUUCUUGGUGUGACUAAGAUUAUCUGUGCUGUAAAUAAACUAGA